ACAGCAGCAGAGACGGCAUGACGUGUUGGGAGAGCGUACUGCCACCAAGCCUUGAGAGGUAUUUCCCAACGAACACACAACUCACAGCGCUACAUCCUGUUCAUCUUACUCCUACCCUGCUGCUUUCACCCCUCUAGCCCUCUCACAGACAACACGACGACAGCACAGAGUGGAGUGCGAGGGGCUGCUGAAUGAGGAGGGUGAGAAGAGGAAAGCGGAAACAAAAAUCAAAAAAAGGAAAGAGGCACAUGGGGGGAGGGAUGUUAACAUGACAGCAUGUGAAUCAAAGAAGAAGAGCGAGAGAAAACAAGGACCAGCACAGUAAUGGAAGAACAAACUGAGGAAGGAAGGCUUGUGCACUGUCCAGAGAUGAUCCCAUCUAUGCACUGCUGCUUUAAUAUACACAAUACGACAAGCAAGGGCAGUGAAAGGACCCCGGGCUGCAGCUAACUGUCAACCACUGACUCUUUGGCCAAAGGCAGUAGCACCGUUAGCAUCAAGCCUCUGGGGACAAUGCGCCAAGGCAAAUGGAGAGACUGCAACAUUGGAGCUCUAACACAUGCCUGUGGACGCAUGUGGUAGAUAGCUCCAAAUUCCUGGAUGAGGACUACAUUUUCACAUUUUUAUGAGCAACAGCCACAUGUGGGUUGGGUUAAAAGAAGAGAAUGAUUUGUCACAUGUUGUAGAGGAAAUUUAUGAGUCUGAGUUGUCGAGCCCAAGCAGUAUGCGAUUGUGAUUUGGCUAAAGGCACAGUAGGAGCAGUGACCAAGAGGGCGAUCAGUGUGUGAGGAUUGUAAUUCAUCACAUUCAGAAGCAAUGGAUGCCCAAAAGAGACGAGUACUUAGAUAAAAACGGGCAAUCACAAGACAUGGGACAGAAUGGACACAUUGCAGCUGGCUUGUCAGACAACAACGUUGUCUGUGAGUGUCAAGUGAUUUACAUACACUGAAAUUAGAGAUCAUCAACGGGUCAUAGUUCCUUAAGUGACCAACCAUAUAGACUUCACUUUGCCUCCUGGGAUCAAGGACUAGUCAGAUACUACUGAGGUUUGGCCUACAAGCGACUGAGUGAAUUAGUCCUGCCGAAACCAUGCAGUGGAGACGACGCCACUGUUGUGCACAUACAGCAAAAAUUUUCUAUCUCCUCUCACUGUUGGGUCUACUGGCCUUUCUGGUCCACCAGGUGUGGCUGCUUAAGCUCACAGGUAUGUUGCGGUGGAGAGGUCAUUCUGUGGUGUAUGGAGGUGGUGAACUUCAUACCACCAAAGCCAAAAGGAACAUGAGCGCCCCACAUUCAACAUUGAGGUUUGUCAUUGUUCCUCAGCCGACCUUCAAGGCUGAUGCCAACAUCAGCUCCCCUGAGAAGGAGGGUGUCACCUCCCGUCAAGGAGACCCAGGUUUUGAGUUUCUGAACACUUUAGCAGCCAACACUAGCCAAAGUGCAGAGAGAGAUCUUAGUAGCACAAUAACCCAUGGGCCUUUUACUUAUAUUAUCAACGAGCCAGACAAAUGUGCUGACAGCAGACCCGCACCAUUUUUGGUGUUGCUGAUAGCCACGGAGGCUCGGCAGGUGGAGGCAAGAAAUGCCAUAAGGCAGACAUGGGGGAACGAGAGCGUGGCUCCGAAUGUGGGAUUCAUUCGGCUGUUUCUGCUGGGAAAAAAUGAAGGAGAGCUGGGACUUUUACAACAAAGGAUGCUAGAAGCAGAGAGCCGGAGGUAUCACGAUAUAAUUCAGCAGGACUUCAUGGAUUCCUACAAUAACCUGACCAUAAAGACAUUGAUGGGAAUGAACUGGGUGGCAAUUUACUGCCCACAAGCCAGCUACGUCAUGAAGACGGACAGCGACAUGUUCGUCAACACAGAGUACCUCAUUUACAAUCUGCUCAGGCCAGAGCUGAAGCCUAAGAAGAACUACUUCACAGGCAAUAACAUGAGAGGCUAUGCACCCAACCGAAACAAAAUCAGCAAGUGGUACAUGCCCCCUGAGCUGUACCGAGGGGACAAGUAUCCCACCUUCUGCUCUGGGACUGGUUACGUCUUCUCUGGAGACUUAGCGAGAAAAAUCUAUUGCGCAUCGCUGAGAAUCCGCCACCUGCAUCUGGAGGAUGUGUAUGUGGGAAUAUGCCUGGCCAAGCUCAGGAUCGAGCCCACUCCUCCCUCCAAUGAGUUCCUAUUCAACCACUGGCGGGUGUCCUAUUCCAGCUGCAAGUAUAGCCAUCUGAUAACAUCACAUGGGUUUCAUCCCAAUGAACUACUUAAAUACUGGCAUCACCUGCAGAGCAACAAACGCAACGCAUGCAUCAACACAUUGAGAGCAGGCAGGACAAACUCAAACAGAAUGAACAGGGAGAGACCAGCUCAAAAUAACUGAAAGUUAUCACCAAACUCUCCUUGUUACAAGCUCCUUGUUGGAUACAAAUAAUGAUUUAUAUCUCAGCUCAUUCGGUUAUGAACAUCAAGGGAUUCAUCAUCACUUUAACAUGGAAACUGCAAAUUCUGCAUAAAUGUGUAAAAACUGAUGAAGUGCUCUACUUUUAAAUCGCCAACAUUUUUCAAAAGAGAUGAACAAUGUUUAAAUGUCUGAGUCAAACCAAUGGAUGUACACAGUUAUAUUUUACAACAAAAUAAGCUGUGUUUCACUGUGGUGCAAAGGCUUCUUUUUUGUAAUAAUGCAAGAUUUACCAUACAUGUUUCAUAUAGGGCAAUCUAAAAGAGUCGACAGGGCACAGUGCCAAUAAACAUUUCCACAUUA